AUGAGAGACCUUCUCAGUGUGAUAGCUAAGCUGCACGCAAGUGCUCAGGAGGAGCACAUGGCAAAUAAAGAAGCACGUUGUAGUUUUCUAGUAAAGACAACCACCACAGAGAAUACACCCAAAAGGCCUCGAGACGAAAUACAGCCAAAGAGAAGAACACCGCCUAAGAAAAAUAAAACUUUCCAUAAGGAAUGGACAAACAAAAUGGAAGUUCCCCUGAGCAAGGAAGCAAAAUUCGACAACCCAGUCGGAAGCAAGGAGACAGUAAUGGGAAAACAAGAUGGCUGGAUCACGGUUAAACAUAAACAACCAAGGAAGACACCACAUAAGCCGCCACCCCGACCCGAUGCAAUAGUAAUAGAAAAAACCGGGGAUAUGUCAUAUAGCGAAAUCCUCAGGACUGUCAGGAAUAAUGAUACGUUGCAAAAACUUGGGGAAAAUGUGACCAAGAUAAGAAAGACGGCAAAAGGCCAGAUUCUGUUAGAGCUGAAAGAGGCCCAGAUGAAGAGCACGGGGGUCUUUAAGACCGAAAUAAGUAAAUUAUUAGGAGAAAAUGCGCAAAUAAAAGCUCUAACACACGAGGUUCUGGUAGAAAUACGUGAUCUUGAUGAAAUCACAACGAAAGAGGACAUUACUGAGGCAAUACGCCUGCAAGUAAACGAGCUGAGCGAUUUUGAUAUAAACUCGAUUAAGAGCAUCAGAACGGCAUACCUAGGGACCCAAACUGCCGUGAGAAAACGUAGCGAUCUCAAAAAAGCAAUCAAAAAAAGUAAAUCCUACUGCUUUAAAGAACUCUGCAGAAAAAUCGACGAAAACCCAUGGGGUGAUGCCUACAAGCUAGUAAUGACGAAGAUCAGAGGUGACAAAGGACAAGCACCGACGUGCCCAGCGCUACUGAAAACCGUAGUGGAAACUCUAUUCCCCACACAGCCUCUGGAGAAUCGAACGGCGCGAGUGCAAGAACCUGCUGAUACGGAAUGGACAAUAGUCACUGAUGUGGAGUUAAUAGAAAGGGCAGAGAGAUUUGGCAAUGCCAAGGCACCAGGUGUGGAUGGUAUCCCAAAUAAGGCUUUAAAGAUUGCUAUUAAGCACAAUGCGAAACCCUUUGCUGAAUUGUUUACGCGGUGCUUACAAAAAGGUGUCUUCCCGAAAAUCUGGAAAAAGCAAAGACUGGUAUUAUUGCAGAAGCCAAAUAAACCAGCAGGAGAGCCCAAUUCAUAUCGACCGCUCUGUAUGCUGGAUACGACCGGCAAGAUACUAGAGCGGAUAAUCUGCGCUCGACUAGAGCUGCAUCUAGAAAAGGAAGGAGAAAAAGGUCUGUCUGACAACCAAUAUGGAUUCCGCAAAAAAAGAUCCACCACUGACGCGAUUAAAAAGCUUACCGACAUAGCUAAGAAGGCAAUAGAGGAUUAA